AUGCAGCUGUGGGCAGUUUGUAUUCAACCAUUUCAUCUGCCACCGACGGACCCACAGGCAGUCGAGCAACACGAGAAUGGUCUGAUUGAGAAAUAUGAAGGCAGCCCCUCUCCAUGUGAACAUGGAAGUGGAUCCACCAUUGUGGAGGAGACACCACCGGACUCACCAUUGGAGGGCACCGAACUAGAUCUCAAAGCAUAUGGCGACGUCGAAGAUACCGGCAACUACGAAGGCUGCCGGAUCUCGCCGCCGCCGCCGUCCUCCUGUGCCUCUUUCGUCCUCUCCUCCGCCCACACUCGCGCCACCGCGUCCUCCGCCGUCCGCUCAAACGCGCCAGCGCUAGCGCCGCCGCACUCCUCUCCUCCGCCCUCGCCUACGCCGCCGCAUCCUCCUCCGCCCGCCCAAGCGCCGCCGCAGUCCACGCCGGCCGUGCUCCGGUACAUCCUCGGCGUCCUCUCCGCCGCCCGCGAAGGAUCCGCUGCCCUCCUCUCCUCCGCCCUCGCCUACGCCGCCGCGUCCUCCUCCACCCGUCCAGGCGCCGCCGCAGUCCACACCGGCCGUGCUCCAGUACAUCCUCGCCAUCCUCUCCACCGCACGCGCAGGAUCCGCGUCAUCCUCUCUGCUGCCACGCCCCGGCUGAUCCGCGCCGUCGGUGCCCUAGCGCAGCCGCCCCCAGUCGAUCCGCGCCACCGGGACCGAGGCCAGCGCCGAGCUCCUCCGACCCGCCCCUCCUCUGGGCAAGAGCGGCUCCCGCGGGCCGUCACCUCCUCCCCGCCCGCCCACCUCCUCCGGCCGGCCGCCACGAAGACAUAG